AUGAAUUCGAAAUUAUCGGUUGCUGAUCUGAAAGAGAAGCUUCGUGUAAUGGACUUGCCCACGACAGGCACCAAAGCUGAAUUAAUAAAUCGCUUGUUGGAAGCAGGAAUUAAUCCAGCCGAUUUAAUGAUGGCAACAGUUGCAGUUGCGGGACGAGAAGAAAAUGAACGAAGUCCAGAAUCCGUCAUAGAACACCAGCAAUUAGGUGAGAGGCCAAUCGAUUUUAGUAGUCAAUCAGUACCAUCGAAUUCACAAUUGUCUGAGGUGAAAUUAUUACGAAGAGGGAGAGAUGUGGCUGAACGUGAAAAUCAGUUACUUAGAAGAGAAUUAGAAAUGUUACGAUUUAUGCCGCGAGAAAAUAGUCUUACACCAACGCAUUCCAGUUCAAUGAAAUGGAAAGAUGUUAAGGAAAUGAUUGGAAAUUACGACGGUAACUCUCAUGAUCAUAAUAUUUGGGAAAAACAAUUAAGACAAUUAAUUUCUAGUUAUGCUCUGGACAAUUGCGCUGCUAAAGCAUUGUUGUGCAGCAAAUUGUCAGGAAAAGCCCUUAAAUGGUAUCAUUCGCGAAGUGAUUGUAUUGAAAUGAACCACGAACAGCUGUUGACUGAAAUUAAGAAAAUGUUUGGACAACGAGUAAACAGUUUAACUUUGCGACGCGAAUUCGAAGCUAGGAAAUGGACGCCAGACGAAAUAUUUGCCGAUUAUCUACAUGAUAAAAUAAUGUUAGGAAACAGGGUUCCUAUUCCUCAAGAAGAACUAAUUGAUUAUGUUAUAGAUGGAAUUCCUAAUGAAAGCUUUCGAACUCAGGCUCGUAUACAAUGCUUCCAGACGACAAACGCGCUUUUAAAAGCAUUCGCGAAAGUAUCAUUACCUUGUGAGGCGGCUCGACGCAAGUUUGUACAGCAGAAUGAGAUUUCCGUAGCAGCAAGAAGAACUGGUAAAAUUAUGAAGGAGCAAAAGGACACUGCAACUCCACUUCGCUGUUACAAUUGUAGCUCCGUGGGACAUUUUGCUAAGAACUGCCCGAAACCGAAGAGAGAAAGAGGAUCCUGCUAUACAUGCGGCAAAUUUGGGCAUCGUGCGACAGAAUGCAGCAAAUUGAAGACGUCAGCUGAAGAGGUCAACUACGUAGUUGUACAACGUGAAGAGGACGACGAGUUCCAGCGCACCGUGAGAUUACGUUUAAGUGAAAAAAAUGAAUUUUGUAUAUCAGUUCCUGCUUUGUUAGAUUCAGGUAGUCCUAUUAGUUUUAUUAAACAAAAUCUUUUACCUGAGGGAGCGUGGAAAGCCAAUGUACCGACGGCUGAGUUUAGUGGUAUUAAUAAUAGUCCAUUAGAAAUUUUGGGAACGGUUGAUGCUCGUGUUGCUCUUAAUGAUUUUGAAAAUAAUAUAACUUUAUAUGUUGUUACAAACAAAACUAUGCGUAGGGGAAUAAUUUUAGGACGAGAUUUUAUGAAAACUGCUAACCUAACAUUAAUGUGUCGCGAAGUUCAGGAGAUUAUGAAUAUAGAGGUAGAUUCAGAAAUUAAGAAUUUAGAAAAGAAAAAUAUGAUGAAUUUAAAUGAAGAUUUGCCAAAUGAAGUUAAAGAACGCGCCAGAGAAAUUUUUGUAGAAAAUUAUUUAUUACCAGAAAGACCGGAAAAACCUAUAGUAGAAAAUGUAAUGAAACUUGUAUUAUCGGACGAAAAACCUUUUCAUUGCACACCGCGAAGACUUUCGUACACUGAAAAAACUCAACUUAAAGAAAUUAUAGAUACAUUACUUGAGAAAAAAGUUAUACGAGAAAGCACGUCAGAGUAUGCUUCGCCAAUUGUGUUAUUAAGAAAGAAAACUGGUGAGAUACGUAUGUGCAUUGAUUUUCGAGUUUUAAAUAAGGUUACUGUGAGAGACAAUUUGCCGUUACCUUUGAUUGAAGAUCAGUUGAAUGUUUUGUCCGGGAAAAAGUAUUUCACAACGUUGGAUUUAAAAGACGGCUUUUUUCACAUUAGCAUGCACCCAGAUUCAAUAAAAUAUACGUCCUUUGUUACACCAUUAGGGCAAUAUGAAUAUCUUAAAAUGCCGUUUGGUUUAAAAGGAGCACCUCUCAAAUUUCAGCGUUAUGUUACGAAAAUAUUUAAAGAUUUGAUUGAUACUGGUGAUGUGUCAGUUUAUUUAGAUGACUUUUUAAUAGCUACUACAACAAUAGAAUACCACUUGAAAAUUCUUAAAAAAGUAUUUUUGUUGCUUGUUGAGAACAGAUUACAAUUACGGUUAGAUAAAUGUAAAUUUCUUCAGACAACAUUAGAUUACCUAGGAUAUACAAUUUCGGCUGAAGGUAUUACAUAG